AUGACUCAUACUUUGACCUUGACUGGUGUGUCAUCAGUCUGAGUCCUUUAGGUGGCGCUGCAGAAGAUCAGUGUAUCUCCAGAAGUCUUGAGCUCAGGCUGGCGACUCCUUCAGCAGCAGGACACGCUCAGCUCGUAUCAGGCGUUACUCAGACGUCAUGGCUCUGCCGGACUCCUUCAUUCAGAAGCAGCAGUUGGACGUAUCGAUGGCCGACAUGUUUCUGGAGCAUCUGUGUCUACUGGACAUCGAUCAGGAGCCGAUCACUGCGCGCAACACCAGCAUAAUCUGCACCAUCGCCUCCCGCUCCGUCACCAAACUGCAGGAGAUGGUGAAGGCCGGUAUGAACAUCGCCAGACUGAACUUCUCUCACGGCUCUCAUGAGUAUCAUGGAGAGACGAUACGUAACAUCCGUGAGGCGGUGGAGACGUUGACCUCUGACGCGCUGUACUACAGGCCUGUGGCCAUCGCUCUGGACACCAAAGGACCGGAGAUCCGCACCGGCCUGGUUAAAGGGUCUGCAGACGCUGAGGUGAUGCUGGAGCAAGGAGCGUUGGUUCGGGUGGUGACGGCAGAGGCGGAUCAUGAUAAGACAGACGGGUCGGUGAUCUGGAUGGAUUAUCCCAGCCUGCCCCGCGUGCUCAAGAAAGGAAGCAGGGUAUUCAUUGAUGACGGCCUCCUCGCACUCAAAGUCCUGGAGAUUGGUGAGACGUGGGUGGAGGCUCGCGUUGAGAACGGUGGCAUUCUGGGUAGUCGUAAAGGUGUGAAUCUGCCGGGGGCGGAGCUGGUGAACCUGCCGGCGGUGAGCGACCGCGACCGAUCUGACCUGCUGUUUGGCGUGGAGCAGGACGUGGACAUCUUCGCCUCGUUCAUCCGCUCGGCUGAGGAUGUGAGGGCUGUGAGAGAGGCGCUGGGAGCCAAAGGACAGAACUUCAAAAUCAUCAGCAAAGUGGAGAGCAGACAGGGUGUUCAGAAGUGAGGCUCAGAUUCAACACAAUUCCACAUUCUUCCACACACUUCAACAUGCUUCCACAUGCUUCAACAGGCUUCAACAUGCUUCCACAUGCUUCUACAUGCUUCCACACACUUCAAC